AUAAACAUUUCCUCAUCAGUUCAGCAGUUGUUUUCUCUCAGAGCUGCAGACCAGCUGAGCUAACUUUAUACUGAAAAGGUUUCGUCCUCCAUAGAUAACAAGGGAACAGGGACUCCCCUGAGAAAAGAGUCCCUUCAGAUGGAGGAGAGAGCAGGAAACCAGCCCAGCGCCGCAGGAUCCAAGAAAACGGAGGAUGUUGUGACCAAAAGACAGCGGAAAAGAAACAAGGAGCGAGGACCAGGCAACCCCAGCAGGAAUGCCCAAGACAAAGAGAGGAAGAAAAAGAGGAAUCAAAGAAGAAGAAAGAGCCCUUCGAGCGUAAAGGGAGAUGCAGAUGUGAAGAGUGAAGACCCAGAAAAAGAUGAGAUGGACGUUGUGGAGACCACAAGCAGCCAAACUCAGGAGAGUGUGACAGUAGAAGCACAACAUGUGGAUUCCCAAACAGAAGACAGCGUGCAAACUGUGGAAGAACAACGCCACGAAGAUGCUAAGAUGGUUCAAGCUCAGACUCAAACUAGGAAACAUGAAGGCACAAACAAAUUCACACAAACUCCAGUUGUGUCUCAGAGCAACCAGGAAACACAGACGGACUUCUCUGUGCCAGAACAAGACGACGCCAACGAUGAAAAGACGAAGAAGGAUGCUGAGACGCAGCUGAAGCAAGACAAACACACACCUGAAGCCAAAGUGCAAGACGCUGCUCAGACUCCGUUAAAGCAAAACGAAAGUCCAGACAACGACAGAGCGUCUUCAGAUUCAGCCAAGGAGCAAAACCCCGAGAAAGAGUCUAAAGAGGAGAGUCCCUCUGCAGGAGAUCCCGCAGACUCUCAAGCCGAAAAAGCUGACAAACCGAAGUCUUACGCCAGCGCUUUGUCUGGAGACGGCGGGAGUCACAAACAGGCCAACGUCGAAGCCUCCAAAGCAGCAGAUGAAACCACAAAAACAUCCGGAAAAAAAAGCACACGUGAUCGAAGCCCGGUGAGACCUCCACCCUCUGCUCCCGUCUUCACCGUCCACAUCUACGCUGUGCUGGACAAAAAGUUUAGAUUCAACCAAGAUCACGACACGCUGUUGAUGUGUUGGGACAGACAGUAUUUACCCUUUAAGAUGACGCAUUUUGUGGGACUAAAACAGGGAGGAUAUCUGGUAGAAGCAAGUCUCUCCGUUGAAGAAAGAAACUUGAUGAGAGGCGAAUGGUGGAAUUAUUGCUAUGGAGUAAAGCAACGUCACAAAGACAUUUCAGGAAUUAUCACACGACGUGUUCAAAUUCCAUUCGACCCAAACAUUAAAGAGUUGCACCUUUACGAAGGCUUCAUUGCUCGUCAGGAAGUGCAGAGUUUAUGGCAAAUUUUCAGCUGGCAGAGAUCAAAAGGUGUUGAGGUCUCAGACGCCUGGCAGGCCUCGGCGAGGACUCUGCUGGACAUGAUCUUCCAGAAGUGGUCCCCGUCAGACAAACAGAGCACCGAGAGCUUGUGUGAAAGCUUGAAGCAUUUUAUGAAGAGUCUCGGUUCUGCACCUGCAAGGAUGACAUUCCCAGACAAUUCACAGCCUCCCACGGUCAUGACAUCAGAGCUGAUUUCUGAGACUCUGGUUCAGAUCUUAAAAGGGGAGCCGAAGGAGAAACUCCCAGGCAGCUGGAGGAGCACCAGUCCUCUGGUCCAGGGCCUGUCUGUGUUCACGGUCACCAGAAAGUGUGACAUCAACCUUGGAGUGAAAGGCUAUGCGGAGCUGUGUCUCCUGGUCUCCUCGGAGAGCGCUAUGGACCAGAAGAACCUGGACUUGCUGCUCAGUUAUUUCCAGAAUCCACCAUACGUUGUGUUGGGUCUGAUGAACAUCUGUGCGCAACAGUCGGUGUCGGAGCUCGUCCUGCUCGUUCCUCUGCUCUUCAGGCUCAGACAGCCGGGAGCCGACUCAACCAAAGUGGGUCCAGCUGUGGAGGAGGAGAACUGGUCGGGGCUAGAAAGGGUCUAUUUCUGCAGGUUCAGGGAGAAUAUACGGUCCCACCCUGAGAAAAGAGUGAGGAUGCUGAGUUUGAUCCAGUCACGCGUAUCUCUGGCUAAAGAGAUGCCUCUGCUCCUGACGAGCUGGUUAUCUCUGGUCGCAUUCGAGGAUCUUCCUGAUUUUUCAGACCUGACGGGAAUAUCUGCAGAACACCUGAUCCAGAGUCUGUUGUACAGGCUGCGGAGAUGUGGAGAUAACAACAGAGCCGAGGACAAUGUGAAGCACACCCAGAAAGCCUUGACUCACAUACUGCUGAAGGUGGACAAAGAGAAGGACAGAAUGAUUGAAUGUGGAAACAUGAAGCCAGCCUUCAUGAGCAGCAUCAGUGUGUUGAAGAACACUUGUGGAGUCGUGCGACUCGUCACGUGGUACCCGGCGGCCGUCCUGUCCUACCAGCUGGUGAUGAAGCUGGCAGAGAUGUUGGAUGCUAAACUGAGGAAAGAGUCCUCGGACGACGACUUUGAGACCUUAAAGCAGAAACUCGUGGAUAAUCUGCAGGACGUUCAGCAGCGAGUCAGUGAGUGGAGAGAUGAGCUGCUGCAGAAACCCCUCAUGACGUCAUCAAAAUCACUCACCUAUCCAAAGGAAAUCGAGAUGUGGGAUUCGCUGCUGAAGGUGGAAAGUUCUCUUGAAGAGGUUUCAUCCCGUUGGAGGCUGAGCCUGACGAAAGACCUGACGAAGAGGAUUUCCAAGACAAGCGAGGAGGAUAAAGUUCUGGUCUGCUGCCUUGACUCGUCCUCGGCAGCGAUAAGGAAAAGCGGCGAUGUUGUACAGACCUGUUUUGAUGAGCAGUGUCAGUCUGCUAUCCAGAUGAUCUGCCAGAGAGGGCAGGAGGGAGACCUGAUGCGGAGUCUCAGCUCUAAGGUGAAGGACCCCCCCGAGGUUGUCGUGUCUGCUGUUGUGGUUCAAUCCGCAGCACGAUUCAGAGACAACUCUGUAGUCCAGCUGCUCGAUCCACAGUCCGCCGUGAACCACCUGCUGUCUGACAGUGACUGGAAGUCGAUCCGGGUGGACGACACUGCAGGGGAGGUCGUCCACAGCUGUCUGACCGCUCUGCACUCGCUGGUGGAGUCGCUGCUUCAGGGCCACGUGCCCCUGGGACACCUACAGACCUGCCUGAAAUAUAAAGACAAGUUUAAGAGGCUUCAUCAGCAGUAUAAGAAAAACAGCAGUUCUGAGACGGUUCCCGUCGAUGCAGAUGUUGUUUUGGCUCAGAGAGAGAAGGAUUUCAACUCUUUCAUGCAGCGAAAACAGCAGAUGGACACACUGAUAAAAAUGAUGGCAAAGGUUACAGAAAGCAUCACGGUUCCUGAGAUGUUGCCUCUGGAGAAGCAGCACAGUGCAGAUAUCCAGACUGUGAGCCUGAACCAACUGGUGCUCGUCCAGUCGUUCAAUGCCGAGGGGAAGCUGGGGGAGACGGGUCCCUCCCAGGUCCUCUGGUACAACACCAGUAUGAAUGUCCUGAAAAUGGCCAAAGAGAUGCACAAACUGCAUCACAGCAACCUGAUUCUGUCCUACUGGGUCAAGGGGGCUGCAUAUUUGGCGUCAACGAGGCAAUCCGGCUCAGCACCCGUUCCAGUCACCCUGACGCAGAUCUGUGAAAACAUCUGGAAGCCGCUGCUGACGGAGUUCCUUCGGCUUGGUGACAGCUUUGCAAAUGCAAACAUCACUUUCAAGGAGCUGGAUCAGGUCCUGGUGGAGUCUGGCGACCAGGGAGACUGGAAACUGAUGAGGAAGGAGCUGAGUCUGAUGUCUGAGACGGUUGGUGAGUCAAAGGAGAAUUGGGUGGGGCGGAGACUGGGUCAGAUCCAGGAGUACCGGCAGCUCCACCAGGCGGCGGCUGCAGCCAGCGCGAUGCUGAAGAUCGCUGACAAAAUGAAGCUUUCUGGGAACUUCACGGAAAUCGACACUCUCAGCCAACUGGAAGAAGACUCGUUUAAGCAGAGGGCCCUGGGCUCCCUCAGUGAUGACCUGCUUCUUGCCAAACGCCAACUCUCCACAGUCACCAAGCAGCACACUGCCUGUCUGGAAGAGUUCCUAGCGAGCCAGACUCUGGUCAGCUGGGUCAAAGAGAACCUUAAAAAUAUGAGCGACGUGAAGGUGUAUGUUGACCUGGCCUCCAUAUCUGCUGGAGAGAACGACACGGAGAUCGACCAGGUGGCCUGUUUCCACGAUGCAGCGAUGGGCUACGCUCCGCUGCUCUACUCCCUCUCCCCUCAGGCUGGCUUUAAGGACUUCAUGAGGUGUGCUCAGCAGGUCUGGGACACCCAAAACAGAGAUGAGAAGCUACCAGACAAACUGAGAGAGUCGACUCGCUUGCUGAGCUGGCUGAAAGAUCUGAAGGAGACCCACGGCUCCGUGGAGCAGUCCUCUCUCUCCCUGGCUUCUUCUAUUAAUGCUCAUGGAGUUUAUCACAUCGGAUGGUCCGAUCACAACACAGAGAAGAGGUGUGUGCAGAACAUGGUGCACGUCACGGUGAAAAGGGGCUCCGAGGAGAAGAGCUACAAGCUGGAGGAGCUGCUGGAGCUGCAGAACAAACUCAUGCUCAUGUCGUCCAAAGGGGAGCACGGCAGAGAGCAGGUCAACAGGUUCACAGAGGUUUUUGAAGGAGUUCAGCGACUGGGCGCCAUCCUUCUCCAGAUGCAAACAUCCGGCAACAUGCUCUUCAGGGACUGGCAUGCCGAGGUCCAGUGCUGCCCUCAACAGCAGCCGUGCAUCAAAUCCACCUUCCUAUCCCUGCAGGGUAAAGAGAUGGCGUACGACGGCGAGGUGACAGAGAAGCUGCAACAGCUGGCUCACUCCAUGGAGCGCUGCCAGAAGGAGUGGCGCUCCUUCAUCAGUGAGAUGCGCUCCAACUUCAACUUGCUGAACCACUACACCUCAGAGCAGAUGGUGUACCUGUGCCACUGGAUACACCGAGUGUGUCAACAGCAGGCGCCGGCUCCUCCACAGUUAUGGCUUUUACUUUUUCCCGUAAAGCCUCAGUGCACGCUGACUGAUGUCAGAGUCGCUUACGCUAAUGCAGCAAGUAUGAUUUUAAAGCGUGAUGAAGUGGAAGAUGUUGAGUUUGAUGAUGAAGAAGAAGUGGUGUUGGUUCCUUCCAUGGACGUAACGCCAGGACACACUGAAGAGGACGUGGAAGAGGCUCGUGAUUUGAUGCAGUUUUCUUCAGAGGAUGAAGAUGAUGAUGUCAUGAAAUGUGACAAUGAGGACAGUCUUGAACAACUCUGGUGUAAAUUCAAGGACGACAUGCCGCGGUACCUCAACGAGUACUUGGACGUCUCGUCUCUGGCCCACUUCCUCUCGUGCCUCUCUGAAAUGAACCAGCAGCACGUGAUCAGGAACCUUCCUCCGGUUCUCCAAGAGGGGAAACCCAAUCUGGUGCUUUGUCCCAGUGCAGAGGUUUUUACCACCAUCCUGUCUUUUUACAUGCAGAGUCCAGAGCAGCCUCUGCCGUCUACUGACGAGGUUCUAGUCUGCAGAGAGGAAACCACAGAAGAAGAGGUGGAGAUCUUCCUCCGCCGAGCUCUCGGCCAAGGCUCCGGACGCAACUGGAACAAGAUAUACUCUCUCGUCAACCCAGGACUGCUGGGAUAUGACGUCAGCGUGGCCUUGGGGGAGCUCUUUGAGUGUCUCGAGAAGAGCGCCAACCCGCGUUAUCGCUUGAUAAUAGUCAGUCCGGUUGUGCACCAGCACAGAUAUGUGCCCUCUUUCUUCAGCAAUGACAAAGUGCAGGCUGGAAUGAGUCUGACAGCUGCGACUGCCAGGAAAUAUCUCCAUCGCCACUUCACUCAGAACACGCUCCCACAGAACCCGGUCGCACAGGUUUCUCCUGAUCGGCUCUCAGUCUGGAUGGUGUCAUCUGUGCGCCCUGCAGUUGGGAAAUCCCUUUAUGUGGAUCGUUUGUUUGAGAAGUUCCAGCAGAAAUCUCCCAGAGCCAAACACAUCAGGAUCAGACUGAUUGAGCCGUGUGUUGACAUCGACUCCUUGAUCAAGAGUCUAUCGGAGCAACUGGCACCACUGAGAGAGCAGGACCCUGUUCUCCUGCACAUUGACACCGCUGGAGUUCGUUCAGGUCUGGAGGAGCUCCUGUUCCAUCUGCUGGUUCUGGGCUGUUUGAGCGAUAGCCAUGGCAUGCUGUGGAGAAGAAAUGUUGCUCAUUUGAUCACUGUUGAGGUCCUGAGAUCAAACAACCCUUCUCAAAACCAGCCAAAAGAGGUGAAGCUUGGACUUCUUGACAUUCUGCCUACCAUCUAUUGUAGACCUCCAAAAGAGGUGAAGAAGUUGUUGGCCAGUAAAACAAAACCGACCUUUGAUCCACUCAUGGAUGAGCAGGAGUUUUGCAGCGAGGGGAUUCAAAGACCCUAUCAGUACUUAAAGCUCUACAACCAGAGACAGAAUCUGGAUCGUUUCAACUACCAGGAAGGAUCCACAAUGGGGGAUCCCGUUGAUUGUGUCAAUCACUUUCUGGCAUACUGUGGAAUGAAAGAUCCAUCUUGGGCUGAGCUGAAGAACUUCUCCUGGUUCCUCAAUGUGCAACUGAAAGACUGUGAGAACUCAGUCUUCUGUGAUCCAGAUUAUCUGGCUGACCAGCUGCCUGGUUUCAAGGGCUUCAUCGUGAAGUUCAUGAUUCUAAUGUCAAGAGAUUUUGCCUCGCCAUCUCUGAACACAUCUGAUGAAAGUCCUAUGCUGCACAUUGAUGACAGUCAGGAGGACGACGUCGUUGCCCGUCUGACAAUUCGUAAGCAUUGGGAAAAUGAGUCUCAUCCAUACAUUUUCUUUAAUGCGGACCGCUGGUCAAUGUCUUUCCUUGGUUUCAAUGUGAUACGUCAGAGAGGAAACACACUCGAUGCUGUUGAUCCUCGAAGCCGGGAGGUCCUGAUAGAAGAUGUGAUGUCACAAAACCUUUUUCAAGAUCUGGAACGGCAAAGGAUCUCUCUCACUGAAGACUUUGAUCAGUUGGAACGGCCGGACAAAAUCAAAAGGAUUUCAUGCGUUGUCGGUGCAGAGAAAGGAAUAACGGACAGAAAGUUUGAUCCAGACCCAACAUACGAGCUCACUGCCGACAACGUGAUGAAGAUGUUGGCCAUUCACAUGAGAUUCCGGUGUGGAAUUCCAGUUGUCAUCAUGGGAGAGACCGGCUGUGGAAAGACCAGAUUAGUCCGUUUCCUUUGUACUCUGCAGAGGGAGGGAAAACCAGUAGAGAACAUGGUGCUUGUCAAGGUACAUGGUGGAACUACAGCAGAGAUGAUCUACAGGAAGGUGAGGGAGGCAGAGAAGCUCGCUGAAAGGAACCGCAGAAUACACAAGCUGGACACCAUUUUGUUCUUUGACGAAGGCAACACCACAGAGGCCAUUUUUGCCAUCAAGGAAGUCCUGUGUGACCACUCAAUGAAAGGGGUACCUCUGAAGACAGACAGUGGCUUGAAAAUAAUAGCUGCUUGCAACCCUUACAGGAAGCACUCACCUGAAAUGGUGAAACGUUUGGAACGUGCUGGUUUAGGAUACAGGGUGAAGGCAGAUGAAACAGAAGACCGCCUUGGCAAAGUCCCUCUGCGGCAGCUGGUGUACAGAGUUCAUCCUCUGCCUCCAAGCAUGGUCUCUUUGGUGUGGGACUUUGGUCAGUUGAGUGAUUCAACUGAACUUUCCUACAUCAAACAGAUCGUCAAGAAGCAAGUUGACGACCAUCGUUUGCCAGUGGUCUGCAAGGACAUCAUUUCAAAAGUGCUGGCAUCCUCCCAGGAAUACAUGCGAAGUCGGAAAAAUGAGUGCAGUUUUGUGAGUCUCAGAGAUGUGGAGAGGUCCAUGAAAGUGCUAGUUUGGUUUUACCAGCAUAGCGAGGUCCUUUUCAACAACUGCUCUCAUCUCAACGCGGAUCAUAAAACACUGAAGUGCUUGAUUCUUUCAGUUGGAGUCUGCUACUACCCGUCUCUGGUGGACAAAGAGCAGUACCUCUCUGUAAUUUGUCAGCACUUCCCAAAUCCUCUCUGCUCUCCGACAGCAUUGCAGGAAGAGAUUUCAUCCUGUCAGGACUUCUUCCUUCAGAACAUAAAGACAAGGGAGACCAUUGCCAAAAAUGUUGCACUCAAAGAGAAUGUGUUUCUCAUGGUGGUUUGCAUUGAGCUCAGGAUCCCACUCUUUGUGGUUGGCAAGCCAGGCAGCUCCAAGUCGCUUGCUAAAACAGUGGUUGCUGACGCCAUGCAGGGCCAGAACUCCCACUGUGAACUAUUCAAGAAACUCAAGCAAGUUCAUAUGGUCUCCUUCCAGUGCAGUCCUCACUCAAGUCCAGAGGGCAUCAUAGGGACAUUCAAGAACUGUGCCCGUUUCCAGAAGGACAAAAACAUGGACGAGUAUGUGUCGGUGGUGGUGCUUGAUGAGAUAGGACUCGCAGAAGAUUCUCCUCAGAUGCCCCUGAAGACCCUUCAUCCUCUCUUGGAGGAUGGUUGCAUUGACAAUGACAAGCCAGAUCCACACAUGAAGGUCGGCUUUGUUGGCAUUUCCAACUGGGCCCUUGACCCAGCAAAGAUGAACAGAGGAAUAUUUGUGUCUCGAUGGGAUCCAAGUGAGGACGAACUUGUGGAAACUGCCAAGGGAAUUUGUUCCUCCUCCAAACAAAUUCUCCUGCAAAUCAUACACCUGUUCCCAUCUUUGGCAAAGGCCUUCUUGAGAAUCUGUAAUGAGACCACAAAGAAUCAGUUCUUUGGUCUAAGGGAUUAUUAUAGCCUUGUCAAAAUGCUCUUUGCCGCAGUCAAAUCAACACAACAAGAGCCAGAUGGCGGACAGUUGGUAGAGGCCAUCUUGCGCAACUUCAGUGGACAACCAGAGGGUUUUGACCCGGUCGUAUUUUUCCAAGAGGUUCUCCAAAACUUGAUGGAAAUUCCCAGACCAAGCACCUUGCAAAUGGUGAAAAGGAAUCUUGACCAUGACACCAACCAUGAGAGCCGUUACCUCCUGUUGCUGACCACCAACAAUGCAGCUCUCCAUAUCCUUCAGCAACAAAUCUUUGCCAAAGGAGACUAUCAACCGCCUGAAAUAAUCUUUGGCUCGGGAUUCCCAAAGGACCAGGAAUAUGCCCAAAUCUGCCGAAACGUUAACCGGGUGAAAACCUGCAUGGAGACCGGGCGCACUGUCAUCCUCCUCAACAUGCAAAAUCUUUACGAAAGCCUCUACGAUGCCUUGAACCAGUACUAUGUUUACCUCAGUAAGCAGCAAUACGUUGAUCUUGGACUCGGCUCCCACAGAGUCAAAUGUCGUGUCCAUACAAACUUCAGACUGGUGGUAGUGGAGGACCAGAAGAAGGUCUAUGAACACUUUCCCAUGCCCCUCAUCAACAGGCUUGAAAAACACAGGGUGGAUAGGAGUACCGACCUGGAACCAUGGCAACACAGGGUUCUCCACAAACUGAAGGAGUGGGUGAAGGAAUUCUCAGGUGAGGCCUCAGAGGAUUUCAAGCUGUCUGACAUUUUUGUCGGCUACCAUGGCGAUGCCUGUGCCAGCGCUCUCUUGCAAGCACUAGAAAGGAGAGCACUAAACGUUGAACACGAUGCAGUAAGGCGACAUCAAGAGAAUGGAAAAGAUGACUCACUGGAAGAACCAAACAAAACACUUGAAUCAAACUCCAACGAACAGAAAGAGGUAACUGAUAAGGAGGAUGAUCAGUUAGGUGAUGCAAUGGAUGUAGAGAUUGCUGGAAAAGAGCAAGAAAUUGAGUCUAUGGACGAGAAUGCUGAUGAAUCCACUGAGGUAUGUGAUGGCGAGAACAAAGAGAUGUCUGAGAGCGAAGAAAUGAUGGAGACAGAAAACGCAGCUGGGGAAAACGAGGAAGAAGUCCUCUUCGAUUUAGCCAAAUGUCUGUUGUUGAACUGUGCCACCCCUGACGCUGUUGUGAGGCUCAAGUGUUCAGAUUUAGCAAACCAAGAGAAGGAGAAACUCCAGAGAAUGUACUUCCAGCAACAGCAUCACCAAUGCCUCCGAGAUUUCCUGCAAGACUGCCUGAACGAGCACCAGGGGUCCAGCAAGUUUCUAGAGAUUACUACAUUCUCCAGCUUGCUAACCAGAGCAGAUGUCAGGGUCGUAGCCCAUUCUCUAGGACUGCAUACGGACAGGAUCCUCCUGCUCUCGCUCCACCAGUUUGACACUGAGGUCUCCUUCUGCAACAAGAUACGGGGCUUCCUUCAAGAUGCUGGCCAGUCUCUUCACAUCCUGUUGAUCCAGAUGGACCUCGAGGAAUCCCACUGCAGCGAUGAGCUCAUAGCAUCAGCGAAAUACUGCACCAUGAAUUACUUGAUGUCACUGGAGGAUCAGAACUGUUGGGUGAUUUUCAUUGUGAAGGUUUCAAGGAUCCCAAGUCAGUCUCAGUACAUUGGUUUCCAAGGAGGAGUUUGGCACUCAGUGCAUAUUGAUGACCUGAGGGAUUCAGAGGACAUGAGCCUGAACCUGUUGGUUUUCUGUGGAACUCUCAUUAGCAGCCUACUCAACCCUGCACUGUCAGAACACCAUGAAGAUGGAGAAACAGCGAGGAAAAGGAAAGACUCUCAGGGCGAUAGAGCUCACCUCCACAGCCUGUCCUUAGUGAGAUCAUGUAUCCAGAAGGCUGUGGGUUUGCUGAGGGACCCCGAGGGCGUGACGUCGCGAAGCAUGCAGCGGAUGCACCUCCUUCUGACUCUCCUGGGAACUGGUCGAGUGCAAAUAGGAGCUCACUUUCAGGAGGUGUUGUUGAGUAGACUGACAGAGGCUCUGACUCAGAGAGAAGAAAUGAUGGGCUCUCCGAAGGAGUGGGUGAACAGAGAAGCCAAGAAACGCCAGGCUCUGCAGGAGGGAGGCACUCUGAGACAUACCCUGUGGCGCUGCCUCCAGUCCACCGUGACUCCGACCUUGGCCAGCAUGUUGGAGGUGAUGGAUCGGUAUGCAAAUCUGGACCUGCUCUCUGAUGGCAGGCUCAGCCAGGGCCUCAUAAAGCUGUGGUUGGACAUCAUGGCAGAUUCACAGAUUUUAGCACUAACACCUCCCCAGAAGCCAAGUGAGUCAGACCAGGAGGUGCCCGUGCAUCACUACUUCAUGUUGGAUGAUGAAGAACAACCCUGCGCUGCUCCGUUCAGCUGGCUUGUCACAACGCACCUUGACAGCUUGUGGGAAGAAUCAGAAUUCAUGCCAGUAACGAGAGAGGAUGGCACAGAGAGGAUUCUCCAGUUUGUGAGCACCUUCACCAGCAGCAGGCUCGGCCGUCACUUACAGAAACUCUCCGACGACGAGCGAGCGGAGUACGGCCACCACUACCUACAAGACUUCCUGCUGCUCUCUAUGAAGAUCAAGUCCCAGGACGAGCUGAGGGUGUUCACCUGGGCCGUGCUGGGCUGCGUGUCUGAGCUUCAGACCUCCGUGGGUGCCGUCGCUGAGCUCUCUCCUGCUUGGAUAAUGGCUGCUGCCAAACACUUUGCCCCCAGACUGGACACUCUCUGCCACAUAUUUCUGCUGCAGCCACAGCUAGCUACCGCUGUCUCUCAGCAGGGGUCAAAGAGGGAGCCCCAAGAAAUGGUGGAGGACAUUCUAGCCCUCGGUGUCUGCGUUGAGCAGACCAAACUGCUGACUGUGAUGUCCCUGCGAGAGUGCGAGUCCUUCGUGAGCAGACUGGAGUUCCUGCAGCCGUGUCUGGAUCGAGUGUUCGGUCAGAAAUACAGAACCCUCUGUAGCCCCGGCUGUCUGCCACAUCUGGACUCCAUCCGGUCGCUGUGGCAUGGGAUGCUGGUUGUUGCAUCUUUCAUCCAGCGUGUCAUCUUUAAAGUUAAACAGAACGACUCUAGAUUGAAAGAGCUGGCUCUGAAACACUGCAACCUUCACCUGAACCUGAUGCAGGAGUCAGCUGAUGUGAGCAGCGUGGACACACUGCAGAAGCUGAUCCGGGUCCUCAAUUCUUUUCAUGAUGAGUGCAUCAGCAGGGAGCUGAGGUUAGGCAUUUCUUGCCCAGUUUGCCUGUCGGAGCUCACAGAGCCGGCCGUCCUGCCCUGCCAGCACGUCUUCUGUCUGCCGUGUGUCCAACGCAGCAUUCAGGAUCAGAGACGUCAUUGUCCUAAAUGCAGGACAGACCUGCUGCCCGACUUCAAGCCGACCGUUUCUCCCGCCGUCAAGGCAGCACUUGAGCAGCAGGCAGCGAUCAGAGACUGCUGUAACUCCUUCUUCCUGGAGGUGGUGUCCAGGUUCUGGCUGUCGGAGGGGCAGCGGCCCGGAGAGGGAGUGGUGGAGCUGCUCUUCACCUUACUCGUCUCCGCUAGCGGAGACGUGUACCGGACCAGGGCGCUCACUCCCUUCCUGCAGUGUGUGGAUAACAGUCCAGUGGUGCGAUCUGUGCUGCCUAAACUGCUGCUUCAGUACAGUUUUGAGCAGGUGAAGACUCACAUUCAGACCUACCUGAGGAACCUGGAGGAGAAUCUUCUAACCAGAGAAGACCGAACUGAACUCUACCUGCUGUUUGUCAACUGCUUCCAGGACUCUCUGUUGUGCUCCGAAGCGAGAGAAGUGGAACAGAGCGACGAAGAGCAAAGACAAGCAGAGAUCAGGUUCCUGAGCAGGAUCGCCAGGAAACAGACUCCAGACCGCCACCAGGACCCGGCGGAGUUCCUGCUCAACACGGCCCGGCUGAGGAUAUGUCUGAGCGCUGCUGCCCGGCUGCUGGAGGACGCCGCUCUUCAAGGUCGACCUAAAGACGUGGGGGCUCAGUACUUGCAGCAGGUGAAGGCGCUGUGUGAGUACUGCGCUAACGACUGGUACCGGGUUUACCUGCUCCGAGCCCUCCACAGGUGCUCCGGGGUGGACUGCAUCCUGUCUCUGAUGAACAACCCGGCCUGGAGAUGGCUCUUCCCUGCGGAGCUCCUUCGACUUCAGAGGAUGAUUCCGACUAACGUGGACCAGUUCCUCUGCUGUGGGACGCCUUACCGAGCCAUGAGAGACGCCGUGGCCCACGUUCUGCUGGAGAACAAAUCUGACACCUUCAAGACACAGAUCCAGAAGCUGAGAGGUUCCCAGAUCAGUCUGCUGGCCCUGGCCUUGUUCAGACAGGUCACCUGUCGCUACAGAUCAACUGACGCCAACAUGCUUCCCUCCGCGCAGGGGACGGCGAGACUGGAGGAGCUCCUGAAACACGUCGAGUCGAGGGAGUUCAGGGAGUUCUGCACUGCUCUUCUGUCAAAUCAGAUCGGAGGACCGGGUUCAGAUCUCCACAUCAACAAGCAUCUUUCGGCUCAGAGACAAACCCUCCUGGAGCUGCUGGUCCAUCUGGACUCGGUGAUCCUCAGUGGAAAUCCUCUACUGGUUCCUCUUCAUCAGAUCGCCUCCCAGCCUCAGAACGUUACAAACUCCUUUCUGCCGACCAUGCCUGAUGACCACACCAGUGAAGUCAGACAGUGGUUGACUAACGACAAGAAAGCACAGCUGUACUAUUGUUCCAACGGACAUCCAUGCGUUGUGACAGAGUGUGGUAGACCGGUGGUUACAGCACGAUGUCACGAGUGUGGAGUCCUGAUCGGUGGGGUGGGACACAACCCAGUCGCUGGAUUUACUCCAAACCAAAGUGUCGGAGAUAAAACUCGGACGGGACACAUAUUAGGAGAGGCUCACCGGCGGUCUGAAGCCCCUGAAAGACAGAUGAUGUACGCUCAGUCCUGCAUCCUGCGGCUGCUCACACACCUCGCCAUGCUGCAAGGCGCUAUAAGAAACAACAGAGGAGUUGGUAACAUGAUCCACCCCAGACCCCAUGAUGUGGUCAACUUCCUGUGGAACCACCUUGAACAGGACCUGCGUGUGUUGAUGAAGACGCUGGAUCAGAACCGGGACAACACGGCGGUUACAGUUCAUUUGAUUCUCAAUCGAUGCACAGAAUUCACUCCAGGUUCUCGUGGAGCAAGACCGGAUCUGUCCUCCAGACCAGGACGUCAACAGUGGGAGAAGCUCGUCUGUGAUUCUGCCAUCAACCCAGUACUCCAGGAUUUGCAGAAGAAUCUGUCUGAAGCUCAAGACAGAAUCGGCGCUGACGAUGGACUAGCCGGGAGUCCUCUGAUGAAUCUCCUCUUCGGAGAUCCUGGGACCAUGUUGUCGCUCCCCUCCGACUGCCCGACACAUCGCUCCUCCUUCUGGACUCUGCCGGAGUCGAUGACCGUGGUGCGCUUCUCUCAGCUGGUGGGGGAAGCUCAGGGAAGCAUGCCCUUACCGCUGCUGAGCCUGUUCCUCAAGAAGAUCCACUGUGUGAGGCAGUUACACCACCUACCUGAGCUGGCUGCUCUACAGUCGGACCUAAUGAGGGCGUUUCCUCUGACGUCCGCCUCCACAGAUCAGACCAUCUCACAGAUGAUACAGCAGAUACCAGCAGGAUACCAGAAGAAGACGCUGCAGGAGAGAGUCCAGAGAUUCAUGAAGGUGUGGAACGGCCUCAGAGCGGAGGUGGCAAACAACUCAGACUUGGGUGUGGAUGUGAACUUGUGUGAGGAGGAGGUGACCACCGAGAGCUCCGGGGAGUUUCUGACACCGUGCCGACACGGACCCGGGUCGUGUCUCCGGAUUCUGGUGGACUUCCUGUCAGAGACUCACAACAGCCUGGUGAGAGCGAGCCGCCAAGAGGACAGUGACCACAGCGUUCCUCUAGAGAGAAUAUCAGAGACGCAGCUGACUCUGUGCAGCCCGGAGAGAGAGCUGCUGCCUCUGGUUUUAUCCCACUGCCACUACACCUUGAAGAUAGGUGGCGAGACGAACAGAACCUACGACCUGCCGGGCAUCCAGACCCAGCUGGCCCGUCGCUUCCUGGCUGGAAAACCUCUCAUCCAAGCGGAUACCUCGAGGUACUUGAACAGACACCUGCAGGACUUCUCUGUGGUUCUAACUGAGGUCCGAGACAAGAUUCAUCAGGAGCCGCUGAAGGGUUCGGUGAGCGGCGCCAUGAGAACGGUGCUGCGUUCGUACACGGAUGUUUGUGACGCCGUGUUUGUGGUGGAGAUCGGCCUUCGCUUCCUUGGCAAGACAAGCGGAGAUCCACAAGGUCGACUCUUGUCCUAUCUCACUGAUUCACUGCAGAUGGAACCACAGAUUUCCAGCGCUGUAGCCAAGGGUCUUGGAGAGAGCAGACUUGAACACAGCAUAUUCACCUGGCAGCUCCUGACUUCUUGGAAAUCUGAGCUUAUGCUGAGCAGAAAGCAAGACCCGUUUCAGAGGCUACCCUCAGAGUUCCAGCAGAAGUUGUCCGAGGAGGAGAAGAAAGGGCUGAAGGUUUUCCUCGCCGUCACAGAUGUUGACACUUUCUCUCUGGAGCUGCAUGAAAUCCUGCUGCUGAAGACGAGCACCGACGUGCCCGACCAGCGUUACCAACCACACUGGGACAUCAGGUCCACCUUAGAGAGCCACUUGGAGAAGAAAGGCCUUCCAGUCCUGCUGGGGCUCGAGUCUUUACCGGAGGACAUCACACUGGGACAAGGAGCUGACGUGUGGAGGGCUGCUGUCCAGUUUAAAAGGAGAUAGAUUAUUUCUACUGACUUAUUUGUGUUGUUAUUGUUCUAUUACUAUUAUUAUGGGACAUCUGGAUUUAGAUUGAAUGUCUGUGAUUAAUGAAGGGGCAUGUUCUGAUUAACUGUUUCUGUAUAUUUUGAGAAGUCUGAAAGUGACAGGGUGGUGCAAUAAAUGCAUUUGAUUUGAA